GGUUCCGUUUCGACGACCCGGAAGUGACGCGAAGAAGUUCUUCCUGCAACAAGACCGGCAAUAUGGCGGCGGACACGCAGGUUUCAGACACGCUGAAGAAGUUUGCUGUGAGAGUGACUACAGCCAGCGUUAAGGAGCGCAAGGAAAUCUACAGAGACCUGAAACAGUGUCUGAAGGAAGUGCCAGAGCCCGCUGUCAAAGGACUGUGCAAACUUUUCUGUAUGACUCCACACAGAUACCGGGAUGCUGCAUCACGCAGAGAGCUGCUGUCUGUCAUUGGGCAGCUGGCUGAGAUUCAUCCUGAUGUCCUGGUGGCCAGCCUCCUCCACUGCCUUCUGAACAGUGGAGUCAUCAGCAAAAAUGGAGAGCCAAGUAAAAGCUCAGGUUCUGCUGCCUUCAUCGGCUUGUCCUGGACUUGCCUUUUAGUCCAUAAAGUUUUUUCUGCCCCAGAGAAAAGAGACGGACUCAUCUGGAAGAAAAUGGUGGAGGUUCAGAGCCUCCUAGUGGCUGAGGUGGUGGGCGGAGCCCAAGCCACAGCUAAGAAAUCAAGCCUGAAGAGUCUCACUCACCUUUGGCAAGAAAAACCCGGACUGGUCAGCCACUACAUCGGCACACUGCUGACUCUGGACCAGAGCCCUACCACUCUGGUGAUGCUGGGGGUGUGUUUGGACUUCUGCACUGCUCAGAAGGAGAAGGCCACUCUGGAGAAGCAUAAGAGCCCCCUGCUGGACCUCUACAUUAAAUCAGUGCUUAUGAGCAAGACAAAGCCACAGCAGCACAUUUUGGACAAAAGUGGCUCGUUACUGCGUCACGUGACCCACUCUGAUUUUAAGGAGCUCCUGCUGCCUGCCCUGCAGAAGACCAUGCUCCGCAGCCCAGAGAAUGCUAUGCAAACCAUUUCCUGCCUGCUGUCUGCUGUCACUCUGGAUCUUAGUCAGUACGCCAUGGAUAUCGGAAAGGCCAUAGCCAGCCAGCUGAAGGCAAAUAAUGCCCAGCUGAUGGAGGAGGCGGUCCAGGCCAUGCAGAACCUGGCCAAGCAGUGCAGUGAUCCCAGCGCUGUGCAGGAUAUUGUCACGCAUCUGUUCAAGAUCCUCAGCGGAUCUGAGGGGAAGCUCACCGCUGUUGCCCAAAAAAUAAGCGUGUUGUCAGGAGUCGCCAGCUGCAGCCAUCACGCCGUGUCAGGAACCUCCAGCCAGACUCUCAGCUCUGCCGUUGCGGUCAUGUUCGUCCCUUAUUUACAACAAGAAGUUCACGAGGGCACCUUGGUGCAUGCGGUGUCGGUGCUGUCUCAGUGGAGCAGUCGGCUUGGUGUGGAGGUUCCCACCGCUCUGCUGGACUGGCUGAAGAAAGCUUUCACUCUCAAGACCUCCACCCCUCUGGUUCGCCAUGCCUACCUUCAGGCCAUGCUGGGGGCCUUCAAAGGUGACACGUUGAGCCAAGCCUCAGACUUCAUACCCUUGCUCCUCCAAACAACUGAGAAGGCUGCUGCACAAAUCUCCCAGCAUGCUCUGCUGGCUGAGGGUGUGGCAGCAUCUGUUCUUUUGAGUCGCCUGGCUCUUCUGGAGACUCAGACGGAAGCUAAAUUCAGCAGCUUUUGGAGCCUGAUACUUGACGAGAAGAAGCCGUUAUUCACCACAGAGAAGUUUCUCUCUCAGGCCAGUGAAGAGACUCUGCUCACUGUGCUGCUGCUCUGUGAACGGCUGUUCCUAGACCACGCCCACCGACUGAACACCAGCAAAGCACAGAUGUAUCAUCACGCCAUUGUUGCUGUGCUGCUGUCUCGGAGCUGGCGCGUGAGGAAGAGGGCGCAGCUGGCAGUGAGGAAGCUGUUGUCCUCCCUGGGGGGCUCCAACCUCGCCCACGGCCUUUUGGGAGAACUCAGAGUGGUCAUUAACAAGCACAAGGUUUUGCCUGCAGACGUCCUGGUUUCAGAGUCAGGAGAGCUAACAGAGACGGGGCGCAGCUAUAUUCCCCCUCGUGUCCUGCUGGACGCUCUGAGUGCCGUUUGCUCCGCUGCCAGCCAGUGGGGGGACGCGGCUGAAGCAGAGAAGCUGGCAAUGGAGACCCUUAUUGUCGCCCAUCAUCCCUCAAUAAUUCAAGCUCGCUCUGGCUUCUGGCCAGUUCUGCUCUCGUCCAUGAACAUCUCAGCACAGGCGUUUAUUGAAAAAAAUCUUGAAGCCAUUCUGCCACAACUGCUGGAGGUGAACGCUGAUAGCCAGGCGGUGAAAAAUGCUGUCGGAGCUCUCUGUGUUCUUUCACCCGACACGUUGUUGCCGCGGGUGAUCAGCCAUGUCAUCGAGGGCCUUUCUCAGCCGGCUCUGCUUCAGGUCACCAGGGAAGAGUACAACAUAAUGCUGACCCCCGAGGGAGAGCUGUAUGAUAACAGCAUUAUGCAGAGCGCCCAAAAGGAAAAUACCAAGAAAGUUAACUUGAAGAGAGAAAAUAAAGCCUAUUCCUACAAGGAGCAGAUCAUUGAACUGGAGUUACAGGAGGAACUAAAGAAGAAGAAAGGCAUCAAAGAGGAGGUGCAGUUAACCAGCAAACAGAAGGAGUUGAUUCAAAUCCAGCUGGAGAAGGAGUCAGCCAUCCGCAAAAGGCUUCAAGGGAUGGACGUGGAGCUGCAGAGUGUGGUGGGUCUGCUGGAGUCCACUCUGAGAGCCAGACCUGCUCAGAUUACCAAGGAGCUCCCCGCUGUCCUCCAGGUCCUAAUGCCCCUGCUCCACUCUCCUCUGGCUGCUCCUCGUGUCCAGCAGGUCUUCUUGGACAUCGGAGUGUGUCUCAUUCCCAAACACCUUCACAACUUGGCCGUACUUGUGGGUCAUGUGACGUUACGGUUACUGAAGCCAGAAUGUGAUCUGGACCCAGCCUGGGCUCAGGAGGACCUGGACACAGCAUCCCACCGUACUAUACUGCUGCUGCAUACCCACACUGUCCCUCAGAGAGAGGGCAAGACCGGAGACGUCGCUCCACUGUCUGCUCCUGCUUUCUCCUUCUGCUUCCCUUUCCUCAACGCAACACUCGGGGAGUCUUCAGGCAGCACAGAGGAGAUGGAGAACAUCAUGAGCAGAGCGCUGCAGGUCAUCAACGUGCACUCCCAGCUACGCGCCACUACAGACAUGGAUGACAGCGUAAUCGAUGAGAACGGACCAGAACUGCUUCCACGAGUCAACAUGCUGCAGCUGCUGAUCAGAAUCAUUUCUACAGCCACUCCAAGACUCCAGGUGCUGGCCUCCCAGUGUCUGACGGCGCUGUGCGUCAGCGCAGGAGGAGGAGACGGCUGUGCUGUGGCUGAGCAGCCAGAGAUCGACGUGCUGCUCGGCGCUCUGCUCUCGCCCUGCUUCUCGGUCCGGGAUGCCGCUCUCAGUGGCUUGUUGGAGAUGGAGUUUGCUUUGCCCACAGACAGCACAGAGGCCAGUGGCAUGAGUCUGCUGCGCAGGCUGUGGGUUGCCAGGUUUGAUGUUGAGGAGGAAGGACGGGCUUUGGCUGAAAAGCUGUGGGAGUCUCUGGAUCUGGAGCUGGUUUCUGACCUCUGCUCCAUGUUGAUCGGAGACGUCACUCACCAUGAGGAGGCCAUCCGUUCUGCAGCAGCUGAAGCUCUGUCCAGCGCCGUGUCCCAGUACAGAGACCAGUCUGCCUCUGUGCUCAGCCAGCUCACCGACCUCUACCAUCAGAAACUAUACAGACCUCCUCCUGUGCUGGACGCUCUUGGCAGAGUCAUCUCUGAAGCUCCCCCUGACCAGUGGGAGGCCAGGUGUGGCAUUGCUCUGGCUCUCAACAAGCUGUCCCAGUACCUGGAUGAACCUCAAGUCACCCCUCUCUUCCUUUUCUUUGUCCCUGAUGCUCUGAACGAUCGCCACGCCGAGGUGCGGCGCUGCAUGCUGGAUGCUGCACUCUCGACCCUUAACACACAUGGAAAGGAGAACGUGAGCUCCCUGCUGCCAGUGUUUGAGGAGUUUCUGAAGAACGCCCCGCAGGAUGCCAGCUAUGACUCCGUUCGUCAGAGUGUGGUUAUUCUCAUGGGUUCUUUGGCCAAACAUCUGGACAAAAGUGACCCUAAGGUCAAACCCAUCGUGGCCAAGUUGAUAACGGCACUGUCAACACCGUCACAGCAGGUCCAGGAGUCAGUGGCCAGCUGCUUGCCUCCUCUGGUGCCCGCCAUCAGGGACGACGCGGCCGGAAUCGUGCGGAACCUGCUGCAGCUGCUGCUGGAGAGUGACAAGUAUGCAGAGAGGAAGGGAGCAGCCUACGGGCUGGCCGGCCUGGUGAAAGGACUCGGGAUCCUGGCGCUUAAGCAGCAGGACAUCAUGACCACGCUAACCGAGGCCAUCCAGGACAAGAAAAACUUCAGACGCAGGGAGGGAUCCCUGUUUGCCUUUGAGAUGCUGUGUAACAUGCUGGGGAAGCUGUUUGAGCCGUACGUGGUCCAUGUGCUCCCACACCUGCUGCUCUGCUUUGGAGAUGGAAACCAGUACGUCAGAGAGGCUGCAGAUGACUGUGCGAAGGCUGUGAUGAGGAACCUGAGCGCCCACGGGGUGAAGCUGGUGCUCCCCUCCCUCCUGGUGGCCCUAGAGGAGGAAUCGUGGAGGACUAAAGCUGGAUCUGUGGAGUUGCUGGGCGCCAUGGCUUUCUGUGCACCCAAGCAGCUGUCCUCCUGCCUGCCCAGCAUUGUGCCCAAGCUGACGGAGGUGCUGACAGACUCCCACGUGAAGGUGCAGAAAGCCGGCCAACAAGCCCUGCGACAGAUUGGCUCCGUCAUCCGUAAUCCUGAAAUCUUGGCCAUCACCCCCAUCCUGCUGGACGCCCUGACGGAUCCAUCCAGAAGGACCCAGACGUGUCUGCAGACUUUGCUGGACACGAAGUUUGUGCACUUCAUCGAUGCGCCCUCCCUGGCUCUCAUCAUGCCCAUCGUCCAGAGAGCCUUCCAGGAUCGCUCCACUGACACUCGUAAGAUGGCUGCACAGAUCAUUGGCAACAUGUACUCCCUCACCGACCAGAAGGAUUUGUCUCCGUACCUGCCGAGUGUCAUUCCUGGACUAAAGGCCUCCCUGCUGGAUCCAGUGCCCGAGGUGCGUACAGUCUCAGCCAAAGCUCUGGGCGCCAUGGUGAAAGGGAUGGGCGAGUCCUGCUUUGACGACCUGCUGCCGUGGCUCAUGGAGACGUUGGCAUCCGAGCAGAGCUCUGUGGACCGCUCCGGAGCUGCACAAGGUCUGGCCGAGGUGAUGGCUGGACUGGGCGUGGAAAAGCUGGACAAGCUGAUGCCAGACGUCGUCCAGACCGCCAGCAAGGUGGACAUCGCUUCUCACGUCAGAGACGGCUACAUCAUGAUGUUCAUCUACCUGCCUCUCACCUUUGGAGAUAAAUUCACGCCCUACGUUGGGCCCAUCAUUCCCUGCAUUCUCAAGGCUCUAGCUGACGAGAACGAAUACGUGAGGGACACGGCGCUGCGAGCUGGCCAGAGGAUCAUCAGCAUGUAUGCUGAGACCGCCAUCGCACUGCUGCUUCCGGAGCUGGAGCAAGGCCUGUUUGAUGAUCUGUGGAGAAUCAGGUUCAGCUCUGUCCAGCUGCUCGGAGACCUGCUCUUCCACAUCUCUGGAGUAACUGGAAAGAUGACCACAGAGACGGCCUCGGAGGAUGACAACUUUGGCACGGCUGCAUCCAACAAAGCUAUCAUCGGCGCUCUGGGGGCUGAGCGCCGUAACCGCGUGCUCUCGGGUCUCUACAUGGGCCGCUCCGACACCCAGCUGGUGGUGCGGCAGGCUUCCCUUCAUGUGUGGAAGAUUGUCGUGUCCAACACUCCCAGAACUCUCAGAGAGAUCCUCCCCACCCUCUUCUCCCUCUUGCUGGGCUUUUUGGCUUCUACCUGUCCUGACAAGAGAACGAUCGCUGCUCGGACGCUGGGAGAUCUUGUGAGGAAGCUGGGAGAGAAGAUUCUCCCUGAGAUUAUUCCCAUCCUGGAGGAGGGGCUGCGCUCUGACAAGAGUGAUGAGAGGCAGGGCGUCUGCAUCGGUCUCAGUGAGAUCAUGAAGUCUACCAGCAAAGACGCGGUGCUCGUCUUCUCCGAGUCACUGGUCCCAACGGUGAGGAAGGCUCUGUGUGACCCUCUGGAGGAGGUCAGAGAGGCUGCAGCCAAAACCUUCGAGCAGCUCCAUGCAACCAUCGGCCACCAGGCGCUGGACGACAUCCUCCCUACCCUACUCAAACAGCUGGACGAUGAGGAAACGGCAGAGUUUGCUUUGGAUGGGAUGAGGCAAGUCAUGGCUGUGAAGAGUCGCUCUGUUCUGCCGUAUUUGGUUCCCAAGCUGACGGCUCCUCCUGUGAACACCCGGGUGUUGGCCUUCCUCUCCGCUGUAGCUGGAGACGCUCUGACCCGCCACCUCGGGGUCAUCCUGCCCGCUCUGCUCUCCUCUCUUAAAGGAAAGCUGGGGACAGAAGAAGCAGCACAGGAGCUGUGCAGCUGUCAGACAGUGAUCCUCUCGGUAGAGGAUGAAGUAGGCCAGAGGAUCAUCAUAGAAGACCUGCUGGAGGCCACUCGAGGAGCUGACCCAGGCCUCAGACAGGCAGCCAUCACCAUCCUCAACGCGUACUUUGCUCGCACUCGCCUGGAUUACAGCGCUCACACUCGCACCCUUUUGUCAGGUCUCAUCCGCCUUCUGAACGACUCCAACCCCGAGGUUCUGUCACAGAGCUGGGACACCAUCAACUCCAUCACCAAGAAACUGGAUGCUAGCAGCCAGCUGGCCCUGAUUGAUGACCUGCAUAGGGACAUCAGGUCAGUGGCUGCAGAUGUGAAGGGUCAGCACCUGCCUGGUUUCUGCCUGCCCAAGAAGGGUGUCACGUGCAUCCUGUCAGUUCUGAGAGAAGGUGUCCUCACCGGCAGCCCGGAGCAGAAGGAGGAGGCAGCUAAAGCGUUGGGAGGGGUCAUCAGACUGACGUCAUCCGAGGCUCUGCGGCCUUCGGUCAUCAACAUCACUGGGCCUCUGAUUCGUAUUCUUGGAGAUCGUUUUGCCUGGACAGUGAAGACCGCUCUGCUGGAGACUCUGACCCUGCUGCUGGCAAAGGUGGGCAUUGCCUUGAAGCCUUUCCUGCCUCAGCUGCAGACCACCUUCCUGAAGGCCCUGCAGGACUCCAGCCGUGCGGUGAGGCUGAGGGCUGCGGAGGCUCUGGGACAGCUGGUCUCCAUCCACUCUAAAGUCGACCCGCUCUUCACAGAGCAGCUCGCUGCUAUUCGGAACGCAGAGGACUCUGGAGUCAGGGAGACCAUGCUUCAAGCUCUGAGGUUUGUCAUCCAGGGAGCUGGAUCAAAAGUGGACCCAGCCAUUCGCAAGAACAUAACCACCACGUUACUGGGCAUGCUGGGACACGACGAGGAUGCAACUCGUAUGGCCUCAGCAGGUUGUAUUGGGGAGCUGUGUGCCUUCCUGUCAGACGAGGAGCUGAAGAAUGUGCUACAUCAACAUGUCUUGGCUGACGUGUCUGGCGUGGACUGGAUGGUGCGUCAUGGUCGUAGCUUAGCCGUGGCGAUAGCUGUCAAGUCUGCUCCUGAGAAGCUGUGUGGAAAGGAUUACUGUGACACGGUGACGGAGACUAUUUUGGCCAAUGCUACUGCUGACAGGAUUCCCAUUGCCACGAGUGGGAUCAGAGCCAUGGGAUUCCUAAUGAGGCAUCAUCUCAAAGCAGAAGGGGGCAGUGGUGUUUUACAGCGCAUUGUCACACAGCUUGUUAAGUGUCUUCAGAACCAGUCCAGUGACAUCAGACUGGUGUCAGAGCGAGUGCUGUGGUGGGUGUUCAGAGACCCGUCAGUGCCCCCCAUGGAUACCAGCCUCAUCAAGCCCCUGUUGAAGAGUCUGCUGGACAACACCAAGGACAAGAACACCACCGUCAGAGCUCAGAGUGAUCACACCAUCGUCAACCUGCUACAACUCCGCCAAGGAGAGGAAACCAUGCAGAGCAUGACUGCUAUUCUGGACUCUGCUAGUAAUGAACUGCUGUCAGAAUGUCACCGCCGGUCUCUGAAGAAGAUCGCCAGCCUGCCAGACUCCAAUGAAGAGAUCGAUGACACCAUUUUGACAUGAUUGAAAAGGACUUGACAGUAAACUGAAAUCUGCAGAGGUUGAUUAAAAUUUGACUGACACUGAAAACAAAUCCUGAGUUGGAGAACCCCAGACACACUCGACACACAAGGGCUUUCCCUACAAAUGUAUCUUUUGUUUUCUCUAACUUUCAGUCUUCGUUUUAGUUGCCUUUAAGCCCCGUUUCUUACUCCUUUUUAUCUUGUGAUGUGCAGGUUAUAAUCCUGCACUAAACUGUAGUAUUUGGGAGACAAAAUGCCAAAUUUGUUUUGAUAUGAUCAUGUUUUGUUGACUAUUUUAUCAAAAUGAUUUCAAGCGUUAAAGAUGCCUCUAGGGAAACAUCAGCCCUGUCUCUGGAUUGUGUGUGACUUGUUUGUGGAAAGCAACUUUCUAUAAGACAAACUGUACUUAUCCUGGAUACUGUUGUAAAAAGACAAUACAAAAUAAAGAUUUCGUGUGUUUGA